UGGGUUCCUAAUGCACCUGCUGACAGCUUGCUUAAUUAGAAUGUUUUCUCUAGACGCCAAUUUGUGAAUUAAAAUCAAAUUGCAAAAUUUCAGCAACAAUAGUUAAUAUGACGACAUUCUUCUGCUCAGCCAUUAUUGCAGCUUGACUAUUUUAGUCUACAUUUUGCAGUUUUCCACUUCUUACUACAGGUUAUUUUUUUAUUCAAUAAAUCUUCCACGCCUACAUCAACCUUUUUUCUGCAAUGGAACCACAUUUGGAUCUUGUUAAAUAGGUAAUUACAAAAUAUAAAAUUCCUAAUAAAUGAAAAGCCCACCCUCCAAAAAAAAAGUGUGGGAAAGGGGCAUAUCUACUAAAUAAAACUUAGCGUAAGUAAAGUCAGUGGACAUACAACACUCUAUAUCAAUGGUUCACAACCCAGUCCUUACGUACCCCCUACCAGUCCAGGAUUUAGGGAUUACCCUGUUGUGUCUAAAGUGUUUUUCUUCUAGACGCCAGAACCAUUACAUUAAGCUGUAGUGGUUCUGGUGACUUUAGUGCUUAUUUAAUUGCAGAAAAUGUCAGGAUAACUACCUAAACCAGGCUUAAAUUCUCAUAGAAUCAGAGGAGCUUCUUUGGCAUGUGACCUGCUUGAUCAGGAGCCAGGCUUUGUCCCUAGUUAUUUUUUUUUUAAAGCACAAUCUUUAUUCCUGCAGUUACAUUUUACAUGUAUUUAUGGCACUGUUGGCAGUAACACAGCCAUUACAGAAUCCGCUGCCUUGAGAAUCAGUGUUUUACAGUGACUGUCUCCAUGACAGCAGUAUAACAAUAAAGCUUCAGCUUGCUGUUUCUGUAGCUGUGUAUGUGACAUAUAAUUGGUUGACUGAGUCUCCUUAGCAGCUGAUUGGCCUGAAGCAGAGUCACUCACAAUCCUCAUCCAACAAGUUCAGCUGCAUACAUAUUACACACUCUGUGCAGAGAGAUGUCAGAUUUAGCAGUUUUUUCUCCUUCCUUAUUUGAAUACUCUCUUACAUUAUACUAGAAAACAUUACUUAAUUCUCAGGUCAGUUUCUCUGUGUAAUUUAGCUUUAUACAGGUUUGAGAUCUCUUUAAAAUGGUUCUAAGUAAGAGAUUUUCUAAGGACAUCAGCUCAAUGCUCCCUUCAGUUGAAGAGGCUAAGGAUGCAGAAGAAGAGGAGUCCAGCCAAACUGUCUUAGGGGGUAUUGCUAGCAGACCACCCAGCAGACCUCUGCCAAAUCUGAGCCGUGGAAGUGUUGACAGCAGAGUGAGUAGCUUCAUUUUUUUUUUUUUUUUAAAUCUUCUUCACUUAACUCUAAAUUAAAAUAUUAUGCAUUGUUGUUAACAGUGUUUUCAAUUUAUGUAUGGUUAGUUUUAUAGUUUACAGGUUAGCUUUGUAGAUUCAAAUGUAUACAAAACGGUGUAUGGUGUAAAGUGCAAUAAACAGUGCAGGCUAGCCACUCCGAAUCAGGGAUCACUCCCAAUUCCCAAAUGUAAUACCAAUAUAUAUAUAUAAAGGGUAUAGUACAGAAACAUAUACCAAUGGGGGCGCCACAAUCACCAAACGUGAGUAUAAUUACCAUAUAUUUCUCAUGAUGACCAUAUAAGAUAGAAAAAAUGAAAAUAUAUAUAGUGAAGCAUUUAAUGACACAGGAUAAAACAAUAAAAACAGAAAUAUACACUUACAAGGAAGAUGGCACAAAGAGACAAAUAUCUAAUUGUGCAAACAUGCUUGUCAACCCCUUCAGGGUUAAGUCCCUUUUAAAAACAGGUCUAAUGCCAAUGCCUUCUAAGGAUGAGUCCUUUCUUUAUAGGUCUGUAAAGAGGCACCAGGCAAAGAUGACAAGUAAAAGUCAAGUCUUCAGGGGGUGUUGGCAAGCUUCUCCGCUCAACGCGUUUCGUCUCAGCGACUUUUUCAAGAGCUGAGAGUCCUCGGUCAUUCCAGCUUUUUAAAUCUUAAAUUUCACGCGGCUUUUCCGCAUGCGCAUCGCGGCAGAUGAAAUAGUGCACGUUACCGCGCAUGCGUGCACAUCCAGCCUGACACGCAGAAAUACUUUAUUGCUGCUGUAUGCCUGAGGACAUUAGUCAAUGUCAGACUACUUGAUCUGACUGACUAUUAUGAGCAAUUGCUAAUCUAGUAAAGGCAAAGAAAAACGGAGUGGAAACAGUCUCUUGUACAUUCUUAAUAUGCCAAUAUAAUGAUACAUUAAUAUAUUCUUAAAAAUAGUAAUAAAACAUAAUAGCAUCAAUCAAUUUUAUUUACUCAAAACACUUCUAAAAACCUUUUGAUGUGGCAAAAUAUAAUACAUAAAGUAUAUAAUACCAAUAAAACUAAUACAUAUAAUUACAUAGUAAAUAACACAAAACCAUAUAUUAUUUUAUGAAAACCACAUGGUAAUCAAAAAAUAGUAAGGAAGAAGAAAAUUCCCAAAUCUCAGGCUGGAGGGCAUUACAAGGGCACCAAUUGCAGGAACAUUAAAAAAUAUAAAAUGAAAAUAAGCCAGGGUUAAAACCUGGUUUUAAAAACUGGAUUUAAAAAGACACCAAUGAUGAAAGAAAAUAUACAUAAAAUAUAAAUAUGUAAAACAUUAAAAACCUUAUAUAUGCAUAAUCGAUCAAUCCAUAAAAACCUCAGCCUCACCACCCUCAGCCUCACCCCACACCACCCUCAGCCUCACCACCCCCACCACCCUCAGCCUCCCCCCCACACCACACUCACCACCCUCAGCCUCACCACCCUCAGCCUCCACCACCCCUUCACUCCACAUCCCCCCUCCUUCUCACAUCACUCCCCCCCUCCUUCUCACAUCACAUCACCCCCUCCUUCUCAAAUCCCCCCCUCCUUCUCACCAUCACCCCCUCUCCCUCUCACUAUCACCCCCCCAUACACACAACACACUUCAAGCAGCUACCCUAUACACAUACGGUCUCAGACAAAAACACAAACAUGCUCACAGAGACAUACAUUCACACACACAAGGAUACUCUCUGUCAGACACACUCUCAGGCACAUACACAGGUAGACAGCUGCAGACCAUGUGUCUCGCGAAAACCGGCCAAUCAGAGCGUUGCCGCAGGUUACCACGGCAAUGCUCUGAUGGUCCCACGAGAUUACAUGGUCUGCAGCUCUGCGGAGCUGUAGACCGGAAGCAGUGGCCACCGGACCACCAGGGAAGAAAAGGUAGGUUCUGCUCACCCCACACCACCCUCUGCAUCACCACUCCACCAGCCUCACCACUACCCUCAGCCUCACCACCUCCCACCACCCUCAGCCUCACCCCCCACAGCCCUCAGCCUCACCACCACCCUCAGCCUCACCACCUCCCACCACCCUCAGCCUCACCCCCCACCACACUCAGCCUCCCCCACACCACCCUCAGCCUCACCACCCUUCACUCUACAUCCCCCUCCUCUCAUCACCCCCCUUCUCAAAUCCCCCUCCUUCUCAUACCCCCCUCUCCCUCUCACCAUCACCCCCCCAUACACACAACACACUUCAAGCAGCUACCCCAUACACAUACGGUCUCAGACAAAAACACAAACAUGCUCACAGAGACAUACAUUCACACACACAAGGAAACUCUCUGUCAGACACACUCUCAGGCACAUACACAGGUAGACAGUGCCUCAAUGUGUAUAUGUGACACUUUUCUAUUAGUGGGGCUUCAUGUUUGAGUUUCGCCUAAGGCCUCAUAAAGUCUAGAGCCGCCUUUGCUAAAAGGUUCCUACUGCUAAAAUAUAUGUUACUCAGAAAUCUAUGGUACAAAUGUUUGUGGGAGCCACAUGAGCACAUUGAUCUACAUCAUCAAGAUAAUGUUGUUAUAAUUUGCUAUUGUAAAAAAAAAAAAAAUGUCUUUAUUUUUAGACAAUCCCACGAUCUGCAAGAAUAAAACCAGACUUUGAAGAACAGGAAGAUGAUAAAUCAGUUGAGGUUCAGGACGCAAAAGAACAAUCACAAGUGGAGUCUUUAGAUAAAAGUUCAGAAAACCAGUUUGUCAGUUCUAAAGGAAAGGAGGAAGACUGGGACACAGAACUUGAAGAUGAAGGUUGGUCAUGCAAUAAGAGCAAUAAUGAUCAGCAAUAAACAAAAAUGAGCUUUCUUUAAAACAACAUAUUCUCUUUAAAUCAGAAUAGGAUUAAACAAAAACUGACAUCUUAUAUAUCUACUUAAAAGAUUAAAGGAACACUAGAGUUUUAGAAAUACUAACCUGUAUUCCUAAUGCUAUAGUGUGCCUGUCCCCAGUUAUAUUCAUCUGCCUUAAUAAAAAAUACAUGUUUUACUCACCUUUCUCCAGCACCAAGACUUUUUCGGCACUGCUCACCUCUCCGCCUCCUCCGAUGUCAUCGAGGAGGCAUGAUAUCCUUAGGCGAUGGUCUAAUCCAAUGCUUCUCAUAAAGGAGCAUUGGGGACCUGAUACACGUGCGGCGAGCACCACACACACAUCCAAAGCAUUGAAUUCAACAAGGCUUUCCUGUGAGCUUCCGCAUCACGUGACCGAGUUUUACUUGAUCAGUGCAGCAAAAGAAUGUUUAACCAUUCAAGGUAACAUUGCCCUUUCUGCAAGACAGCAAUGUUUUACGAUGAGGGUUGCAAUUACGGUACCCCUGCAACCAAACCACCUCAUCUCAAUGAAGUGUUCUGGGUGACUUAAGUGGUCCUUUCAGAUAGCCUUGUUGCCUAUUAUUUUGAUUGCUAAAACAUUACCUUAAGAAAUCUAGGGAGCAAAGUACCAAUAAAUAUCUCCAUAUAAACCCAUAUCCAAGUAGCAAUCCCAGUAUACACCCAUUACCAAGUACUUAUGGAAACUACUGAAACAAAAAAAGGGUCAGUAUGAAUUAAAAAAUAGCACCAUAUUGUCCAUAGCAUGUGUCUAUGGAGCUGCUAAAUUAUUAUUACAUGGUAUAGUUACAAAAAAUAGAUCUUAAAGCUCUGUUCUGUGGGAUAAGUAUAUCACAUCAACUGAAUGAUACGAAAUAUCAUCACAUCAUCAGAAAUUGAUUCAGUUUAACAAAACAGAUCCAACAAUGAUAGUUAUAUUUAAGCCCAGACAUGCUUUUAUGUCCACUGUUGUAAAAAUAAUGAUUUUAGAUAUGUAUCUCUUAAUAUAUAGUAUAGCCUUGGGUCAAUUUUUUUUAAACCCUGUAGGAUUUUUUAUAGCCUGCCUGCCUUUUUUUUAAAAUUAUUUUUGGAAGUGCUCUGAUAAACAGACAAGCUGAGAGUCUAUCAUCCAGAAGAUGAUACAAGACAUACACAAUUGCAGUUUCAGUGUAUGACAUGACAAGAGAAUUGCACUUAUUUUACAGAAAUAAAAAAUAAAUACAUAGAAAUAAAAACAGGAUGAGCCAUACACCAGCCAUAAAAUACAGCAGCCAUAAAAUAUUGAAUUCUAGAGUAAGCUAUGUACUAGUGUUAGGAUGACCUGAUGGUAAACAAGGUGAAAACACUACAGACAUUAACAUACAAGAAAAAAAUAACAAGAGUAAGCUGUACACAUUGAUACUACAGUGUGGAGAGAAAGUCGCAUAGUAAAACAAACUGCAGGAGAAUGUUAAAAUAAAAUCAAAUAAGGUAACCACUGGGUGCACACAAAUAGAGUGAGACUUCAUGCAAUUGUGAGAUAAGUUAACAUAUGGAAGCCCAAAAAGCCAGCCCUGAUGCAUCAGUUCAGCCGAUGCCAGCCCAAAAGGAUUUGCCAAAUAGGAGAGGUAAAAGUCCCCAACCAGGUUCUCUACCAGCCACAGACCCAUUUUUGAUCCAUACCACUUGGAACUCUUUCCAGUGACCAAAGCAGGAUCCCAGGAACCCUCUGCCUCUCUGAUAACCUCUUAUUCCAUUCAUGAGUGCCCCCGGGGUGUGAACUGUGUGACGUGAGGGGUGACAACCUUAUGUGGCUCUUGAUCCAGGUGAGUGACAGUGCAGUUGGGGGACGGUCUUCUUGUAGCGCCCAUCUUCUUCUCUCCUUCACCAGCCUCAUCGAUAUUUGAAGCGUAAUGCCACAUGGCAGGUCUAGCUUGAUUUGACUUAUGACUUUCAUACCAAUCCAAAGAAUAAAGUGUUCACAUAGUUACUUGCUCAGGCCUCAGCUGAUCUUCAUAAUAGACCAACUCAUAGUCUAACAGGAGUAGGCAACCUCCAGCACUCCAGAUGUUGUAGGCUUUAUCCCUACUGAUGCUUUGUCAGCAUUAUGGCUAUAAGAGCAUUAUGGGAGAUGUAGUCCAGAACAUCUGGAGUGCAGAAGGCUGCCUUCCCCUAGUUGAGAACAUGUCUACAUGCAGUCCAGCUAUAAUCACGUGUCUUCUCUUCCUCUACAUAUUGUGGCACUAUUCCUGUGAUUCCAUGGGAAUCUGAUUCUCAAUGGGAAUUGGCUGUGGGAUUAUGCUACCUGCCUGCAUACUGAAGAUCUUUCACAAAUACAGAAAAAGUUAUUUUAUUUUUUUACAUUCUUUAUUUUUGUGAGUUAUAUCAGAAAGUACAACAUUAUAUGUGAAUUGCAUAUAAACAUUAUUAUCAAAGAAGCUGGACAUGCAUCACAUAGCUGUGUGCCAAGAGUAAGUGGGACAUUGACUCACUGAUCCACCUAAGAUAUACAGAAAUGUAUAUUCAAACUAAAUAAAAAAAGGAUGGUGAUCUGGACAAAAGGAGUUCAAAUACCAUAAGGUCAAAUAGGAGAUGUAGAAACAGCUAAAGGUACUUUGGUAACUGGCUUGAGGGAUCUCUGCCACGUCAAGGUGUGCCUGGAAAAGUCCUGGUAAAAUGCCAGCUCUGCCCCCUCAAAAGAUACCGUGGUGAAUCCCCUGAUUACUCAGAGGUUAAAGUCCCACAUCAGUUUUAGCAAGACACUGUCCUGUCUUGCAUGCUGGCUAUCUUGGCCUGGUGGUCAGCACACUGUUUCUACAGAGCUCCUAUGGCAGCAUCUGGGGCUGAUUGUGCGAACGUGGAGUCCUCUAUGCUUUCCUCCACUGCGUGCACGCACGUUGUGAGAGUGGUCACUGCUUUGUGGACUGUUGCCACAUUAAACAUGGCCUGGAUCUCCUUCAUUAAGGCCUUGAUGUCAGCCUUUGUUGAUGGAGCCGAGUCUUCCACCUCUGUGUGCUCCCGUGGCCCUGUUUGCAGUCUGGGUGGAAGGGUGAGGUUGGCUGUGAUGCUGUCCUCAUCUGAGGACAGUGAGGUAUAGGCCUCAGGGAGAUCCACCUUGGCAAGUUUAGGUUGUGUCACCUGUGCCUCAAUAUCUCGUGAACUCGAGCCUGGGUCUGAGUGCUGUUUCUUAUUUUUUUUCCUCAUGUUUUUGAGGAUUGGGCUGUGGCUUUUUGAGCCCAGUAGUGGGGUUGGUGUCGGCUUAUAGCCCGGUUUAGCAGGGCCGAUUUGCAGAGCUGUUUCAGCACGUGCAGGCACUGGCUCCACCCCUCAGAAAGUUAUUUUUAAAAUGGAGAGAUGCAUUUUUUUCAUUACUACAUAGAAUUUUUGUAUUAUGAUAUGUAAGAAGUUUAACAUAAAACCUCUAUUUUCCUUUAAGGAGAAGUUUAAACAUUCUUACAGAGUAGCAGAAUAGGUUGUAAAAAUAGUUAUAUUCUUCAUUUUCAAUAUUGGUAUUAAUUUCACAAAAUGAUAAAAACUGUUUAUGCUGAGAACUCAGAUUUUUGUCUCUUUGUAAUUAGAACUCACUGCUAAACCCUAUUUUGUCAGUCUGAGCAUGAUGUAUGUUUACUACUAUGGAGCCGCAGAGAUGCCUCUAACUUUGUAAUACAUUUUUUUACAGAAGUCAAAGAAUCAUAUGAUUCCACUGGAAAAGCCAAAUAUUUAUCAGUCUGUCAGUUCUUUGGAGUGGUACCAGUUUCAUAUUACUUGCGCCACAUACAAGAUUCUGUGCUUGUAAUGAGGCAUCAUGGGCUUGGUUUAAAGGUAAGCAUGCAUAUUAUAAACUCAGUGGAUUAAUUAGUCUACACCUUAGCUUCAUUACAUUUGUUUGAUUGUAAUUAUAAUUAGCUUAGUAUAAGAGCCAUUAAUUAAUAAAUACAUUACUGCAAUAUGAAUGCUAGACAUGCAGCAUCUAACUUUAAGUUCAUUCUGUAUGUGUUCUAGUUCAGGGGUAGGCAACCUAUGGCACGUGUGCCAUGCAUGGCACUCGAGGUGUCUUUAAAUGGCAGUCAAGGCUGCUAGAGCCAAACAGGCUUUUGCCUGUCAGUAGUCCCAGCGAAACUUCAGAUAUCUGCUAAUACAAAAAGGUGGUGAAGGACAAUCCUCAAUUUAUGCAUUGCAGCACGUAGAGGAAGUGAUCUCAGAUCACUUCCUCCUAGCACCUGUGAAUGGGAAUCCACACUGGAGUAGAAUGAAAUGUUGCCAUGUUUUUAUUGAACACACCAUGUAAACAUUCACAUUGCAGGUGAAUGUUUGGUUGAAGUUUGGUUGAAGUUAUUGCUGCCAAAGGAGGUUCAACCAGUUAUUAAAUCCAAGGGUCCACAUACUUUUUCCACCUGCAAUGUGAAUGUUUACAUGGUGUGUUCAAUAAAAACAUGGCAACAUUUCAUUCUUUGUGUGUUAUUAGUUUAAGCAGACUGUGAUUGUCUAUUGUUGUGACUUAGAUGAUGAUCAGAUCACAUUUUAUGACCAAUUUGUGCAGAAAUCCAUAUCAUUCCAAAGGGUUCACAUACCUUUUCUUGCAACUGUAAAUGGUUUUUUUUUUGUGUGUCAGUAUCCAUCAGUAAAUUAAAUGCAGUGUAGAUAAGUGCCACCCAUUUAAGUGGAAUAUGCAGGGUAAAUUACAGACUUGUAUAAUCACAAUGGAUUCUUCUUGAAUCUGUCAUCUGCCAAGCUGCCAUAAGAAAAUGUUUUGGUUUAAUGUCAAUGCCCUUGUUAUCCUCUCUCUAGCCCAGGUUCUGUCUCGUUCUCAUUCUAUUUCUUAAUUUCCAUUCAUUUAUUUAACCCUUCUUUAGUUCAUUGUAGAUGUUCUCAUUAGUCUACUAAAUUCCUCUUUUUUAAUGUAUUGUCAUCUGGCUACAUAUACUUUAUCUAGUCUGAACCUUCUCUUUAUUUAUCUCAGGCCUAUUUCAAUCUUCCCUCCUUUGUGAUCUACUCUUUUAUUUGCCUCAAUUUCCUAUAAGCAUUGUGAAGAAAUGACUCCGUUAAUCAGGAUUUCUACCUUUCGGAUGUAUUCAGGCGAAUUCCCUGUGUAAAAUAUAGGUGGCCGCCAUUUCGGCACUUUACACGUGGCCGCAGCCAUUUUACGUGCGAACAGCGGUGUUUGCCCGUCAACGCGUGGAACUAAAAUCGGAUACGCAAACAGGCGAACACCGCUGAGACCUCCAUACAUCCAGAACUUCGCACGAGAACAACCGAAUCACCGGCCGUUCGGUAGUUACAUGCAACUUCGUAUGGGGAUUUCAACGAUCACAAAGAUGCGAACGGAUGGCAGGGCUUUCGUCUCUUUUAUUCGCCUAAACGGAGACCGACCGCAGGGCCAAAACUUAUGGAACUAUUUUCGGCUAGAUGGUCCGUGCGGUCGGUCAAAACUUUAGUGUUCCAUAACUCCCGAACCGUUCAUCCGAAUGGACUGAUUUUUCGAUAUGUUGUCCACACAAAUGAGAACUAUCCAGCGGUACCAGAUUUAAAGGUGUACCCCCUGUUUUUGGGGUACAUCCAGAACUGGGGUAAAAUAGUGCACGUUUUAAUUAAGUUAACUGUUUAUCAGAGGGGAGGGAGGUAUGGGCUAUAACCUAUUCCUGAUUGGUGAUUUAAUGCCUCCCCCUGGGUGUGUAUUUCUUGUCUGUAACCGUAAUAAAAAGCAGGCUGGAGAUUCCAGACCUCAGAUCUACUUGUAUCCUGAUUCUGGACUCUGACUGUUAUUUGGGAAUUCGUAUGCUUUACCAAGGGGAUUAUCUUGGGAAGCUGUUAUAUUUCUUAUGGACUUCAUUGCUUAGAACUACCUUAGACGCUGGCAUUGCAGGAGGAAUUAUCAAAGCGGUUCAGCUAUACUUGAUUUCCUUACAACUGGUGGCAAGCGGAGGGAUUCGAAUCCCAAAUGGACAUUUCAAAACAAGCAAAGGAAUGAAUGGCUCAGCAGUACCAGCUACUUAAAAGAACCACGCUAAAGGACUUACUGGAAGCUCGAGGCAGAGUGGCAAGUAACAAAACAAAAGCCACGAUAAUUGCGGAGUUAAUGCAGAGCGAUAAUACCAGUAAUAUAGAGAUGGACCAAGAGGAAGAAACCGUGAUGCAAAAGGACAUCCGAUGGACACUCAGUUUAUUGGGACCCAAUCCAUCCUCAGAGGCGAUACUGCAGGUCGUAGCACAAGCCAGACAAGCGCAAAAAGAGCGAGAUGACCGGGACAGAGCGUCACAGGGGGAUUUGCUACACCCCCCGAGAAGUAUUGGGGAAAUACCAAAGAAGGUAAAUUAUGCAGCGUUUAAAUCAUUUGUUGACAAUGAAAUGGAAAUUGACAGUUACUUGCAAGACUUUGAACGCCAGUGUGCACUGGAGGGAUUAGACUCCACCAAAUGGGCUGCAGUCGUCAGCAGUAAAUUGUCAGGUAGAGCAGCCGAGGCGCUGCGAGCAGUACCUGAGGGGGACAUACAUAAUUAUGAGAAAAUAAAAGACAUUUUGUUGGCCAGAUAUGCGGUAACUCCGGAGGCAUACCGGAAAAAGUUUAGAGACCUGAGAAAGACUGGGAGAGAUUCCCAUACGGAAUGGGCUUUUCGCCUGCAGCGGGCAGCCCGCAAUUGGAUGAAGGGCUGCCAGGCAACCACCCUAGAAGAGGCUUUACAACUAGUGAUACUGGAGCAAUUUUUUAAUCAUACUGCAGAGGACAUAAAAGACUGGGUAAAAGAUAGGAAACCAAAAACCGUGGAGGAGGCCGCUAGGCUAGCGGACGAGUACCAGGAUAACAGGAGGAAAGAGCAAGGGGCGAGCAGACCACCAUUUAAGCCUCAGUACACAGCUCCAACCAACCCGGCUCCACCUAGACCUGCCAUAGGUAACCCCCCACCGAACCCAGCAAACACACCUCGACCUCCUGCAGUGUGUCACUACUGCAAGCAACCAGGACAUUACAAGUAUCAGUGCCCUCGCUUAAACCGGGGAAGCUGGGAACGGCCCGCCCCACAACAACCCAGGGCAGCUGCGCACUGUGUGCAACAGGAUCACACAGGCCCUGGCCUUAACCACGAAGAACAGUGGAGUGUAUUACAUGAGGUCAAUCCAGUACAAGCUGGGGGGGACAACCGGGACCAUCACCGCCAAUGGAUUACCGUCGAUGGCGUGGGGGCCCGGGCGCUGAGAGACUCUGGGGCUACUUUGACUGUGGUACAGCCCCACACGGUCAGAGCACAAGCUCGCACCGGACGCACAGUCGCUGUAAGGGUGGCUGGGGGCGCUAUUCACAAACUGCCCACCGCUAAUAUGUUUGUUGAUUGGGGUUCCGGGUCUAAACAACUGGAGGUGGGGAUUAUGCAAGAACUGCCCGCCGAGGUUUUGUUGGGAAAUGAUGUGGGAUGCCUAACCUCCCAACUAGCCCGAGACCCCCCUGCCGAGGCCUACCCGGUUACCACCCGAGCUCAAGCCAGACUGGAAGCUCCGCUGCACUCUGAGGAAAACCAGGUAAGAGUCGAAAUACCCCCUUUACCCGAUCCCCCCGUACCCUUCUGGGAUACCCCCCAGGGGUUUGAACAGGAACAGCGUACUGACCCCACAUUAGAAGGCUAUAGGAAGGCCGCGGCCGCUACCCCCGAGAACAACCCGCACGAAAAAUUUGAGUGGUAUAAGGGGUUGCUAUAUAGGGUAACCGAGGGGGUGGGACAGGGGGCUACCCAGGUCAUAAAAGACAGUUAGUUGUGCCCCGUAAAUUUCGGGCUGAGUUGUUAAAACUCAGUCAUGACAUUCCCCUAGCAGGACAUUUAGGGGUCAAAAAGACCAGAGACAGGUUAACUCAAACCUUCUUCUGGCCCAGAGCUACCCAGGACCUAAAGUACUAUUGUAGGACAUGUGAUGUAUGCCAAAGGGUAGGAAAAAGGGGAGACCUUCGGAAGGCUAAGCUUCACCCCCUACCCAUCAUCGAACAGCCCUUCCACCGAGUAGCGGUGGAUUUAAUAGGUCCCCUCAGUCGCCCCAGUCCGUCGGGCAAAAAGUUUAUCCUAACGGUGGUUGACUACGCCACUAGAUACCCGGAGGCAGUCGCCCUCACCAAUAUAGAGGCCGAGACCGUGGCAGAGGCCCUUAUUCAGAUAUUCACCCGAGUAGGUUUCCCGCAGGAGAUACUCUCCGAUCGGGGGACGCAGUUCACAGCCACCCUGACGCAACAACUGUGGCAGAGCUGUGGAGUGCAACCCCUGUUCAGCGCCCCGUAUCAUCCCCAGACUAACGGGCUCUGUGAACGUUUCAAUGGCACUCUAAAACAGAUGCUAAAAACUUUUACAGAGUCCCACAAGAAUUGGGAAAAAUUCCUUCCCCACCUUCUGUUUGCCUACCGUGAGGUGCCCCAGGCCUCCACUGGGUUUUCCCCCUUCGAACUCCUGUACGGGAGAAAAGUUCGGGGCCCACUGGAGCUCGUACGGGAACACUGGGAGGGCAAUACAGAUGAGGGGGGAGUCCCUAUCGUCCAGUAUGUCCUGGAGUUCCGGGACCGUCUGCGGGCCCUCACCGAAUCGGUUCGGGAGAACCUGCAGGCGGCCCAGGAGGACCAGAAAAAGUACGAUAGGAGGGCCCAGGAUAGAGUGCUGGACUUAGGGCAGAAGGUACUGGCUCUGAGGCCCGUUAAAAAGGACAAGCUUCAAGCAGCCUGGCAGGGACCCUUUAAGGUAGUGGAACAGGUUAGCGAGACUACCUACAUCGUGAGCAAAUGCUCAGAUGAAAGGCUGACCAAAGCCUUCCAUGUGAACAUGCUCAAACCAUAUUUUGAAAGGACAGAGGAGGUGGGCGCCGUGUGCGCCCCCGCCACAGAGGAUAGUGAAGGGCUUCCCCUUCCUGACUUACUGGAGACCACCCCCUGUACGAUUGACCAAGUAAGCUUGGGGCAAAAUUUAGACCACCUGGAGAAAGGUGAGGCUACUCAACUGCUGCAGGGAUACCGAGAGAUGUUUUCCGCUACCCCCGGCUAUACCUCCGCUGCGGUCCACCGUGUGGAAACCCAGGGAGAGACGCCCCUACGGCAACAGCCAUAUCGGAUCCCGGAAGCAGUACGUGAGAGUAUGCUCACCGAGUUAAGGGAUAUGUUACGGCUAGGGGUAAUAGAACCCUCCCAAAGUCCUUGGGCCUCCCCGGUGGUACUAGUACCGAAGCGCGAUGGCACUACGCGCUUCUGUGUAGAUUACCGGAGGCUUAACGACCGUACCAUAACCGAUGCCUACCCCAUGCCUAGAAUAGAUGAGCUCUUAGAUCGUAUGGCGGGGGGGGAACUACUUGACUACCCUGGACCUGUGCAAGGGUUAUUGGCAGAUCCCCCUGGAGCCUGCGGCCAUCCCCAAGUCGGCGUUCGUCACCCCGUUUGGGCUAUACCAAUUCAAGGUUAUGCCCUUUGGGAUGAAGAACGCCCCGGCUACGUUUCAGCGGAUGGCGGAUAGGCUCCUGGAGGGGUUUCAGGACUUCGCAUGUGCGUAUCUAGAUGAUAUUGCCAUCUAUAGCAGCACAUGGGGAGACCAUCUGGGUCAUGUGUCCAGGGUACUCGAACGAAUUCACCUCGCAGGGCUCACACUGAAACCCGACAAAUGUCACGUAGGCCUAGCCGAGGUCCAGUAUCUAGGCCACCGGGUCGGCUCCGGUAGACAACGCCCAGAGCCCGCUAAGGUAGAGGCCAUAGCUAACUGGCCCCAACCCCGGACCAAAACCCAGGUACUGGCUUUCUUAGGGACGGCCGGGUAUUACAGGAAGUUCGUCCCAGAAUAUAGCGCCCUGGCCAAGCCCCUCACGGACCUUACCAAAAAGGCCCUUCCCAAACAGGUCGCCUGGACCCCAGAGUGCACGGACGCUUUCCAGAAGCUCAAAGCGGCAUUGAGUGAGGCCCCUGUGUUGGCAGCACCCGAUUACACUAAACAAUUUCUUGUCCACACAGAUGCCUCCAUGUUUGGGCUGGGAGCCGUGCUAAGCCAGGUGGGGGCGGAUGGCAUGGAACACCCGGUGGCAUACCUCAGCCGUAAACUUUUGCCCCGAGAAGUCAGCUAUGCCACCGUAGAAAAAGAGUGCUUGGCCCUCGUGUGGGCCCUCAAGAAACUUCAGCCCUAUCUGUAUGGGCGAGCGUUUACCCUUAUGACCGACCACAACCCCCUGGUAUGGCUCAACCGGGUAGCUGGUGACAACCCCAGGCUACUCCGGUGGAGCUUAGCUCUCCAACCAUACAAUUUUACCAUGCAGUACCGUCCGGGUAAACAAAAUGGGAAUGCGGAUGGUCUGUCCCGCCAGACCGAACUGGACACCUAAAAACGUACUUUCAUCGGACAUCCCCAAGCCAACCCGACAGGGUCUAGGCGGGUAUGCCGACCUAUGGACUUAUAGGGGAGCAGUGUGAAGAAAUGACUCCGUUAAUCAGGAUUUCUACCUUUCGGAUGUAUUCAGGCGAAUUCCCUGUGUAAAAUAUAGGUGGCCGCCAUUUCGGCACUUUACACGUGGCCGCAGCCAUUUUACGUGCGAACAGCGGUGUUUGCCCGUCAACGCGUGGAACUAAAAUCGGAUACGCAAACAGGCGAACACCGCUGAGACCUCCAUACAUCCAGAACUUCGCACGAGAACAACCGAAUCACCGGCCGUUCGGUAGUUACAUGCAACUUCGUAUGGGGAUUUCAACGAUCACAAAGAUGCGAAUGGAUGGCAGGGCUUUCGUCUCUUUUAUUCGCCUAAACGGAGACCGACCGCAGGGCCAAAACUUAUGGAACUAUUUUCGGCUAGAUGGUCCGUGCGGUCGGUCAAAACUUUAGUGUUCCAUAACUCCCGAACCGUUCAUCCGAAUGGACUGAUUUUUCGAUAUGUUGUCCACACAAAUGAGAACUAUCCAGCGGUACCAGAUUUUUUGUUUUUGGGGUACAUCCAGAACUGGGGUAAAAUAGUGCACGUUUUAAUUAAGUUAACUGUUUAUCAGAGGGGAGGGAGGUAUGGGCUGUAACCUAUUCCUGAUUGGUGAUUUAAUGCCUCCCCCUGGGUGUGUAUUUCUUGUCUGUAACCGUAAUAAAAAGCAGGCUGGAGAUUCCAGACCUCAGAUCUACUUGUAUCCUGAUUCUGGACUCUGACUGUUAUUUGGGAAUUCGUAUGCUUUACCAAGGGGAUUAUCUUGGGAAGCUGUUAUAUUUCUUAUGGACUUCAUUGCUUAGAACUACCUUAGACGCUGGCAUUGCAGGAGGAAUUAUCAAAGCGGUUCAGCUAUACUUGAUUUCCUUACAAGCAUACCCCCUCAGUGACAUACAUCUCAGGAUAAAAAUGGACUUCAGCUUUUGCCUAAUGUUAAUGUUGCCAUGACCCAAAUUCCUAGGCAACCACUGCAGACUGAAAACCUAAUUCCAGUAAUGCCUAUUCUGUUAAAAAAAAUUAGGCCCCACCAAUGUGUUGCGUUUUACUAAAAGACUUGUAAAAUAAUUAAAAGUUGUAAAAUUGUAUUUAUGUAGAUCUCCAAUAUUUAGAACGAACCCUUAAUUCUCAUGUUUUGCUUCUUUCUCGCAGGCUGUAAAAGCACUGGCUCUCUCUCUGAUGACCAACACGUCAAUUGUGAGUUUAGAUCUCAGUGAUAACUGGCUGGAAGGAGAUGGCGCUGCAGCGAUAGCCGACAUGCUGAAGGAAAAUUGCUACAUUUCAGGUUAUUUGAGAUGGUCAAAGUUAGAAUGUUUAUGCAUUAUUUUGAAAUGAACUAUUAAAAACAACGCACAACACAAAACUUUAGUAGAUACUCUAAAAACGUCAACAAGCUUUGGGAUUAACCCCUGUGAAGAUUCAUAAGAAGAACUGAGGUUCAGAAAACAUGUUGCUUAUUGGGAAAUACACUGCACCUCAAUGAUGUGGCACAGGGGUAGUAUCUUAUAUCUGGAGUUUACAGCUGGAGUUGUCUUUCUGCUCUUUACACCUUGCUUACCUAAGUCUAGCACCAGUUAUUACAACCUUUGGCACUCCAUAUGGUUUUAAAUUACAUCUCCCAUGAUGCUUUGCCAGCUUUAUGUGUGCAAGAGCAUUAUGGGAGAUGUAGUCCACAACAUCUUGAGUGCAGAAGUAUUUCCACCCUUACCUCUAGCAAAUAGAUCUGUGGCUCAUAUCUCUCCUACCUAAAAACAUAAUACAAAAAUGAGCCCUCCAUAAAAAGAUUUAGUACAGUGUGUAGUGUAAAUUGUACAUUGUUAUGUAGAGUAUUUAUAUGUUAUGUAAUUAUCUAGUAACUGAUUUAUUUUUUUCAGAGAUUCAUCUAUCGGAUAACAGACUUGGACUGAAAGGCGCCAUUGCAUUAUCACAUAUGCUUGUUGAGAAUACAACACUGAGAAAAAUUAAUCUAUCCGGAAAUGAGUUUGAUGACCAAACUGCUCCUUAUUUAUCUGGUGCUUUGAUAAACAACCAAAAGCUGGAAUCCGUGGACUUCAGUCAUAACUUGUUUGGAGACAGAUCAGGUAUGAUUAAUUAAUAUGUGCUCUAUGUAUGUGCAUGCUAUUUAACCACUUAACUACCAUGAUUUAGAAAAUCCCUUAUUAUAUAAAAAAUGACUUUCUCACCCCUCAGGGUGUGGUUUAUUUUUUUACAUGUGUGUUUUCCUCAUUCUUGGAUCCUCUGCCAGAGGCUUGGGAGUCUAAGAGUUCUGUGCAGUAUCUUCAUAGAAACAACAGCAACCUGUGUGCACAAAGAAUCCAAAAAUAUUUAUUACGCCAUAAUCUUUUAAUGCAAAUUACAUUGGACAUACAGUGAAAAGCUCCCUCCCGCGGGACUGAUCUUGGUAAUCUUUUACAACACUUUAUUAAGAGAACGUCCUGUUCUGAAUCCUCUGUCGUCUCAGGCAUUCCCUUAGCAGUUCAUCUUUGGAAGCCAUCUUUAUGAUGUACUUGUGGAUACUUUGUGUUUUAUCCAGGACUGUGGGCUUGACACUCAGCAGGUCCCAACCUUCUUCCUUCCAGCUGGUGUAGAAUCUCUGGGUGCUGUAUGUUGGGUGGAAUUUGGGUGUAUUUUCGGUGACAUCCAUAUUGACUAGCUCUUCUAUUGGCUAUGUUUUUUUUCCAGCUUGGUAUUUGAUGACUGGUAGGACAUAUGUGUUGAAUGUUUGGAUCUUGUUCUUGCCAUUGAGCUGGGACUUCAAGACUUGUCUGUAGGUGUCAGGACACUGUUUAGGAGACAAAGCCCAAUAUGCAGAAAAGGCAAUAACUCGAUCAGGAACGCAGUACAAAAGGGUCAAAACAAAGAAUGGUCAGGAAAGCCAAAGGUCAGGACAGGCGGCACAGGAUCUUGGUCAGGAGUCAAGCAGGAUUCAAAUAUCAGGGAUAUCUAUAGUUGUAAAAGUAAACUAACAAAAAACCAAAACAAAGCCUUCAUUCACACAAAUAAGUGUCAAACAAACGGUAAAACAACAUUUAUACCAGCAUAACCUGAGAGGAUUUAUCUCAAUGUUCAAACCACAGGUAAACCUCAAAAAGAGAAAGGCCUGGAUAUAGUUUGUUCAAGAGGUCUACAUUUUUUUCUAAUUUUUAAAAGAUGAAAUACAAUGAACCUGUACCAAAUAGAUGGAAUGAAGUUCAGUAGUUUCCCUUUACCUCCCAGUAUCCAGAGCAUUCAACCAUGAUUUGACCAUCAACUGCAGUGCCAAGCUCACCCUGAUGUGAUCCAAGUAUAUUUUAUAGGGUCGCAUACACCUGUACAGUGGAGCGGAAUUUGUUGGCGCUCUAUAAAUAAUAAUAACCCAUAUGCUUUUUUUUUUAUUAAAGAAAGAAAAUAUUAAUCACAUACAUUCCCUGUAUUGUAUGGCAGCCUAUUGUGUUUGAUAAAACAAAACUACACAUUUGAGUUUGUGUUCCUUAAAAGGACUCUUCACAAUCUGGGCAUUACUGUGCUUUAAGUGCAUUUGACUCGUUAGCUUUCUGUAUAUCACCCACAUUCAUAUCAAUCAAAUGGUUUACAUGUAUACUUAAUGCUUUUUAUAGCAUUGUUUUUUAGAUAAAGGGGUCCUAAAUGUAAAUUAAAAACACAGUUUACUUAGAACAAAUUAUAUUUAUUUUUGAGUUUAGAGUGUUCCUGGAAUCAGAGUAUUUCCUAGAUUUCUGUGAGUUUGCAAAGUGCAUGAAUGAAUACACUUUUCAAUAUUUUUUUUAAUUUUCUUUGAUGAAGGUGAAAUUCUUAAAACAGCAAUUGCUGAAAACACAGGAAUGCUGGAGCUAAAUCUCAGCUGGAACUGCUUUCGUGGAAAAGGAGCCAUAGCUGUAGCAAAAGGCUUAGGGGUAAGAAUCAAUAAAUACAAUGUAUUAGCAGUAAAACUUUGUGGUGUAUGCUUUGCUGUUUAGAUCUUGAUUAAGUUUAACAAUUCACUUUGUGAUUUACUGCAUUUACCCUGAGUUAUAAACCAUUCUGUUGAAUAUUUAACCCAGAUAGCAAAACAAAAUAAGGCUGCUAUAUAAGCCCUAGCACAAGUGCAAAGAAAUCUUGUGCCCGAUAUAUCUUUUACCCUGCCCACACUACCUUUAUCUAAAAAUAUUUAUUAAAAUGUUUUCUCUAAGCCUUAAACUAAGAAUGUACAGCCUGGUGAGUCCUUACUAAGCUGAGCUAGCAAUGAAUUGCAGAUAAAUGCAAACUCAGCUUUAAAAUAAAUACACAUACAUAGAGCCCAUCACAAACAAUCAAAAAGCAAAAAUGUUUUCCAGAUGAUUUGCUUAGUUAGCUCUGAGCAUGACAUUGGUCUUCUUGCACCAUAACCUUUACAGCAGACUUUAGCAAUACCUGCGAACAUGGGUAGCCACCACCCAGGUUUCUUCCUGUCCCCAGAUGCAAUUCCUCUAUCCAGACUCGCAUUUACUCAUGGCAUAUUACCAAACUAGAUGUGGUUACUAUACACCCAUUUGGGUUUUUCCUUCAUCGGGCACUCUUAUUUUUGUCUCCACCUUCUCAUCUCUGCAGACCAGCUUGAACAAGGUUUCUCUCCGUAAUCUUGCCGUAAUUAGCCUUACUUUUUGCCUCUACUCCAUGCUUUGCUUACUGUACACUCGGUUUUCUAUUUUUGCACUUUUACUGUAUAGUGAUUGCCAAGCAUUGUUAUUUAUUUUCUGUAUUCAUCAUACAUACUGUAUAAUGAUUAUAUAGCAGUACUCCUUAUAUUGGCAUAAUUAUGGAUUUAUUUCUUUUACUUUUAAAAUGAUAUUUUCUCUCCAAAACCUUUUUCUCAGUGCAUAUUUUCCCUCAGAUCUUAACCUCUUGGGCAUUCUUUUUUUAAUUGAAUUUGUGUUUAUUCAGCAUUGCUUCCAUUGAUAUAUGCAUUGAAGGUGUGAACAGUGCAUAAGAAUAAAGUGAACAGAAAUUGGUGUAGAAAAGUAGAUUAACAUCUAUCAAUUUGAGAUAAUAGUAUACAGCAUACAGCGAAAUCAAUAUCAAACUGUUACAACUGUUAAAAAGCCUAUGCAAAUAGGGCUGUGCUGCUAUGUCGAGUGCCAGUUUUAUAUUUCCUAAAACAAUGCAGGCCAAUGAAGACAAAAACAAAAAUCCUCUUGGGCUUUCUUGCAUAGUACCAUACAGGGGGUUAAACCCCAUGGACAAGGUUCUUUCUCUUCUCCUUUGUAUCAGUGUAUCUAAUUAUAUAUUUAUAUAUCCAGUGUAUGCAUAAUUACCAAGGUGGUUGGAUUUUUAAAAAAAAAUGUUUUUGCAUAAAUUGUGAAGCGCUCUUGAUAAGAUUAUACUUUCCUUUUAAUAAUUUAACAAAAGAUAUACAAUCUGGGUCUUUUCCCGAAGACAUUCUAUUUUGCAGAUGACACCAUUGAUAUCAUCAGAUAUUGCAUUACCAAGCGGAUGGUAAUAUAAUCAGACUAUGUGAUCCAUUUGUUUGAUGAUAAAGUCCAUUAAGUUUUUAACUUUAAGUCCAUUUUUAGGCAAAGACCUGAAUUAUUAUGGAUUGUAAUAAAAUAUGACUUAGAAAGGAAAUGUUAAAAUAAAAAGUCUCUCCCUUUGUUUUGAAAUGUAGGCCAACAUUUUCCUCCGAGUGCUGGAUCUGUCAUAUAAUGGAUUUGGCAAUAAUGGAGCGACAGCCUUAGGAGAGGCUCUGAAGAUUAACAAUGUGUUAGAAGAACUAAACAUUAGGUAAAUACACUCAUUCUGGAAUGAAAUAUUACAAACACAUUCACAAUUUAAUCCUAAAGACUGAAUAAAACAUGAAAUAAUCACGGAUAGGGAUGCCUUCAGAAAUCGCAGGACCCUUUACAAAACCAUUUUACAAGUCUUUGAGGCACAUUCUGACAGACGUGCAUUCAAAUUCAAACUCACAGACGCAUAAAUAUUCAUACACACCGACAAAUUCAUACUCCCUGCUAGAUAUUCCUAAAAAUACACACAAGUGCAAACUGGCAGACACAAAGAUUCAUACACAUAUACACACUUCUAGAGACACACUGCCACACACAAACACUCACUGAAACACAUACACUGACAUUCACACAGAUACACAAAACAUAUAUGGACAGAUACAUACACUAACAUACACAGAAAUUGAUAAAUGUAUACUUUAGCCACUUUCCUGUUCUCAAAUCUCAUCUGUGCAUCAAGGUGGUUUUCCUUGGGUCCAGAGGUACAGGACCAAGGAUGGUGCAGCUUCUGAGCGUCUUCCCCUCCCCCCCCGACACUCUAUGGGUGCACUGGGAGGGAAUUAUGUAAUGAAUGAUUUCCUCCUAAUCCCUGUACUGCAGUGCAAGAAGAAAUUAUUAUUAUUAUUAUUUUUAUUUAUAUAGCGCCAGCAAAUUCCAUAGCACUGUACAAUGGGUAGACUAACAGACACGUAGUUGUAACCAGACAAAUGGACGCACAGGAACAGAGGGGUUGAGGGCCCUGCUCAAUGAACUUACAUGCUAGAGGGAGUGGGGUAUAGUGACACAAAAGAUAUAAGUAGGGGUAAUGAAAUAGGUAGUAUUCACUGAAAAUGUAUUAUUUUUGACAGUUGCAGAAGAGGAGUCAUUGGGGGGGGGGGUGAAAACCUGCUAACAGUUUAAAGUAUAUGCUUUCCUGAAGAAGCGUGUUUUCAAAGAUUUUUUUGAAAGAGUGGAAACUGGGUGAAAGUCUAACGGAGAAGGGAAGGGAGUUCCACAGAAAAGGUGCUGCCCUGGAAAAGUCUUGGAAGUGAGCAUCAGACGUGGGAGUACGGACAGAGGAUAGGCGUAGGUCUUCGGCAAAGCACAGGGGCCUCAACGGGACAUACUUGUAUAUUAGGGAGGAUAGAUAGGUUUAAGCAGCAAUAGGGACUUGUAAGCAAGGACCACAAUCUUAAAUGGAGCCCUAUAUCUAACUGGAAGCCAAUGUAGGGACUGACAGAGGGGGGAGGCAUGGGAGUUGUGGGUGGGCAGACAGGAAAAUGAGCCCUGCCGCCGCAUUCAUUAUAGAUUGCAGCGGUGCAAUCUGGGAACACAUAAGACCACUGAGAAGGGGAUUGCAGUAGUUGAGAAAGAGCAACGGCAUGGACCAGCACCUUAGUCGUGUCUGGUGUUAAAUUGGGGCAGAUGCGAGCUAUGUUUUUGAGAUGGAAGCAGCUGGAUUUGGCGAUCAACUGGACAUGAGGGGUUAAGGAGAGGUCAGAGUCAAAGAGAACACCUAGGCAGCGAGCCUGCGAGGUAGAGGUGAUGGUGGCACCGUUGACUUGGAGGGAUGACGCUGUUCUGCUCAGGGAAAUUAGAUCUGGUUUAGGGGGGAUAUUUCUAUCUCCUCAACUAGAUCACAUAUUGAUAAAGAAUACAAAGAAAUCAAGGUGUAUUGGUGCUACCAAUUCUCACUUAGAGAUGAAUAAUAAAACAAUAGAAUAAAUACUGCACCAGUCAAUGAAAUGAUAAUUCGGGAUCAAUCUAAAAAACACAAAUAACAUAACAUAGUGCAAAUUGUAUAUAUAUAUUUAUGUAGAGUAAUACUCACAGGAUUUAGAGCCGUCCCAAGCUCUAUAUAUUAUGCAGGAGGGUGCCUAAAAAGGCUAAAACUAUAUCCUUCAGGAGAGCAGCACAGGAUACAAAGUGCAGAAUCCAAAAUUUAUUAAACAAAUAAACAAUUAAAACAGGGACAAAAAGCAGUGUAUAAAUAAUAAAAUAUACUAGGCACAAAGCCUAAAUAAAACACCGCAGAGUAAAUAAGAAAAAGUCCCAGAUACAAUACUUAGGUCUAGCAGCAAACGCGUUUCAACUCCACCUGGAGUCUUCUUCAGUGCUGUGGUGCUCUCUCCUCUGUGAUUGUGCUCUAUUCUCUGUUAUUUUAAAUACCCUUCUUAAUCAGUCUUUAAACUAUCCCGGCUGUGUAUCUUCUUGUUUCCUGCAUGGCAAAUGCACGUCAUCAUUUCCCAUCACAUGACUGAUUAAGAAGGGUAUUUAAAAUCACAGAGGAGAGAGCAACACAGCACUGAAGAAGACUCUAGCUGGAGCAGAAACGCGUUUGCUGCUAGACCAAAGUAUUGUAUCUGGGACUUUUUCUCAUUUACUCUGCAGUGUUUUAUUUAGGCUUUGUGCCUAGUAUAUUUUACUAUUUAUACACUGCUUAUUGUCCCUGUUUUAAUUAAUUAUUUGUUUAGUAAAUUUUGGAUUCUGCACUUUGUAUCCUGUGCUGCUCUCCUCAAGGAUAUCGUUUUAGCCUUUUUAGGCACGCUCCUGCAUAUUAUAAUGAUAAAGGACCCCUAGUGUUAAAGUGGAACAAAAAAUGAUGGAUUCAGGCUUUUGUUUCAUUGAUGGUUGCAAUAAAUUAAACCAGGUAAUAAUUAUAUAGGCAAAACUUAAGCCUCCUGGGUCUGAAAAGAAGCCAGUGGAAUGUUUCAGCUAAUAGGAUGAUGGUCUUAUAUAUAGGAAUAAUGAAAUAUGAUCACCAUGAUAAUCAUAUAACUAGUAUUUCUUCCCUACUUGUCAUUUAUCUGCAAGCUGAAGUGCCUUAUGUGUAGUUAGUAUCUCUUAAUGGGUUUCUCCAACCACUGUGGUGGUUAUGAUGUUGAGUACCUUGGUGCCUUUCCCCAGUAUUGGAGCAAACCUUUUUUUACUAUAGUUAGUCCUCUUACCUAAUCCUGCCAGGCACUGAGGAUCUUCUGAAGCAGAGAUUACAAAAGUGGCUGAUGCCGAUCCUGCCACUCAUUCAUUGGCUGUGAGUCAAUGACCACUCUCAGCCAAUGAAUGCAAUUUUGCACAGAAUUUACAUUAGACAGCCGGAACUUUAGUUCGGGACAGGCUUAUGACACCCCUUUGAUGAUCUCAGAGGUGGGGUUACAUCUCUGGCAGCAGUGUGGUUAAACUCCUUGUGUACAGCAGUUCAAAGCAAAACACUGCGCAUAUAGACUCCAGGCACCAUGACCCUUCAAGUAAUUGAAAUGGUCAUGGUGCCUGGAGUAACCCUUUAAACGAGACACGGUGUCAAUUCAAUUAAGCUCUUCUUCCCUCUUACAGGUUAUUCUUUUUCAUGUCUUUCUUUACAGUCCUUCUUACAUUGUAAGCUUAAAUUUACCUGUCAAUUACUUGAUGUUCUGUGUCAUCACCUCCUCAUAAUUCUAAAGCUUCUUUGAAAUACAUUGGCAUUAUUUAAAUCCUAAUAAUAAUGAUUUAUUUCAUAGAAUAUUAAUGAUAUAUAUAUACAUUUUUUUUUAUAAAGCAACAAUCGUAUUUCUCUGCAAGGAGCUGUACGUUUUGCAUUGUGUCUUAAAGAAAAUAAGAAUUUGAAAGCUUUACAGGUCAGUAAUGUAUUCUCAUAUCUAAUACUAAUGUAUAAUAUCUUGUUGUUAUUUCUGGAGUUUUAUUACAAUGUUUACUGAUUGAUUUACCUGCAUUUAUCAGGAAACUGCCUCUAAUUUCACAUCUCAUUCCAUUAAUGUAUAAUGGCUAGCUUUUUACAACAGUAUACUCAAUAUACAUACAUAUUUUAUAGAGCUUUAUCAGCUUUCUACUGUUACUUAGCACACUUUUGGUAUGUCGUAAAGAGGACCUAUUAAAAUGUGAAAGUCAAAAUAUGCUCAUAAACAUUUUUUGACCAGUCUAAAAUUGUCACGUAUUCAUCCGCUUAUAGAAAUGUGGUUAAUGACAUUUACUGUCCACACAGGAAAAGUUGUGCCGAGCAGCAACCAAAUCCACAGAAGGGUUAAUGCUGAGCAGCAAUUAUGCAAAUGAAACCUGGUAACUGACUUUGGGGUCAAAGGCCGGUUACAGCCUAUCAGAUCUAGAGGAGGGGUACUUAGGCCCAGUUCUCACCCUGCUCAGUGCCCUGUCGUGGUUUCCCUUGUGGUUGUCUGAGAGCGCGUUCCUGUUUAUAGUUUUCUACCUGGUUUUUGACUUUGGCUUUGUUUAUUGACUUCUCUAUAUUCUGGUAUCCUGACUCCUGGCUUUCCUCAUCACUGCGUCCCUUUCUGUGUUCCCUGACCUCGGCUAGUAUUUUUGACUAUUCUAUGUACGUUAAAUCCAGCCAUUCUAAGGACCGGUAAUACAUUACUUAUUUGUCAUCCGUGCUAUACAGUUCUACGUGCUGUAUCAAACAGUAAUCCUGACAAAAAUAAAAUCUAAUGUAGAAUACAUUUUCUAACCACUCUUGACUUGGACACUAGAGAAGGAUAACAACGCUGCUGUGCAAAGUGUGAAAAUAUAAUACAUAUCUGUAAAUAUCUGAUAUUGUUAUACAUCAUGUUCUGCUGGUCAUUUCUUGUUACUGCAAGAAAACAAGAACAUCCAAAAAAAAUCUUCUAGAGUUUGGACCAUAGAUAUUUGUUUAUACAGCUGAAUGCAGAUAGUAUUACACAAAGAAAAAUAAAAAAAAUAAGGUGUGCACAUUUUUUAUUUUUUUUAAUAAAGUAUAAAAAAAGGUAUUUUAAUAAUUUGCACAGUCAUUUGCUCUUGUUUUGGUACAUAAAUUAUUUUAUCCUUCAGUAAUUAUAAUAUCGUAUGACAUGUUUAUCACAUUUUAUAUUACUACAUUUUAUAUUAAUACGGUUGCAGCUGGUAAAAAAAAAUAAAAAAAUAGGGGAAAAAUAACUUGAUUGUAAAAAUAUCAGAAUUAAUAAGGUUCCAUAGAUGUAGGAUCUAUAUCAGGGGUACGCACUCUUUGGGACUCCUGAUGUUUGAACCACAUCUCCCAUAAUGCUCUUACAGGCAUAAUGCUGGCAAAGGUGAACUACCCACGAUCAAUAUUUUAAAUAUAAUCUUUAUAUGUUAUGUAGCGGACCGCCUGGUACCCCGACUGGGUACCUCCGCCAAGCACGCUUCCUAGCUAUGGCCGUGACACCAUCAGCACUUCAGCCCCCCGCCACCGCAGCUUGGCCGGGGUCUCGCCGUCGCUUCCCACCCUGGAACAGGGUCCUGGAUCCAACUUCCAGUGACCAAAGCUCUCCUGCAGAGAGAAUAGCUGUGUAGUGAUUAUAAUAUUCCCCCCACACAUUAGUCAAGAAUGAAUGCUGGGAGUAGAUCUGUUUAAUGCAGGCAAACACAUUUAUGCACACUGUAAAUGCCUCCCUGAGAGAUAAUUAAGUCAGGAACUGUACAAACUCCAUUAUCUCCAGAUACAGAAAAGUAUGACAAUUUUUAAACAACCCAAAAGUACCCCCAAAAUACAUGGAACCCCCUCAAAAGUCACAUCCCCAGAAAUCCCUGAUCUGCGUGCCCAUCAUAUCCAAAAAUCAAUCAGAUCGUUUUGGUGGUUUGGAUUUUCUAUCGAGGUAAACUUUUGACCGACCGCAAAUGUGGCUUCUGUCCAAAAUAGUUCCAUAAGAAAAGUGGUAGCGGCCGGUCACUUCUCGGGAGUCCAAAACUGAAUGAAAUGCCAAACUGGUCCUUUGUCUCCUAGAUAGCUAUUGUUCUUGUUUUUAAGACUCUUAUUGAAAAGAAAAUAUUCAUGUUCUCAGGGCAGAGAAUGUUUUUUUUCUUUUAAAAUAUAUUUUAGAGGUGAAAAGGUGAAAAUACAAAGCCAUGUAAUGAGGGGAGUAUUUACAAUAUUUUAAUGUACAAAAAAAGAAAAGAUAGCUAUUAAUGUCAUUAUACUUUUUUUAUAUAUUUAAUAUAAGUAAUAUAUGAAUCCAUAGAUAUAACGCCAUUACCAUCAGGGCUAGAUAUCUCCUCUCCAGAAAGCUCUCCUGUAAUUGCACAUUUGUGUUAAUCUUGUAUUCUGUUUGUUUACUUUUCAGUCACACAAUAAUGAAAAUUAUCAUUUUUUUCAGGACUGUAAGUUCCCUGCCAUUAUCGAGACCUCUUGCCACCCAUUGUAUUUGGAAAAAUACUAUUUAAAUACAUUUUGUUCACUUUGUUUCCAGCAACAAGGCAGCCGCCCAAUGUGCCUCCUUUUUUUAUCAGCAAGCAUGCUAACGUCUUCCAUUUUGCCAUCCAAUCGGCAACACACGUUUUCAAUACAUUGAAAAAAAAAUCAAAAAGCAUGGGUUGAAGAACAGAGUUUAACUUGGCUAUUGUAGUGCGAGCUCCCUCUAGUGGCUGUCAGGAAGAAAGCCACAAGAGGUGUGUUUCGCCUGCAACAAAAACAGUGCCAUAUCUACAAAAUGGCAAUGUAUUAUAUUUCAUUACUAACACUGCAAACAGACCACUUCAUUGAGAUUAAGUGAUCUGCAAGUGUAUAGUGGCCCUCUAAGGUGAAGAUUAAUUAUUUGUCCAGCUCUGAAAAUAGAUCUUCAUUACAAAAUAGCUUAGGUGUGUUUCUUUAUGAGGCACUGUCAUUUUCAGAGAAACCCUCUAAAAUAAACACUAUUGCAAUGUUUACAUUCGCAGGACUUUCACUUUGCUGUGACUUACCUGUCCCUUAAUGCCUUUAGAGUGCAUGUGAGCACUUAGCAUCCAACAGACAAAUGGCGUACACACACAGGUGCACUCAUAUAUUCUCCAACAGUGAUGAGUGUGCAUGCACCAUGUGCUCAGUAAUGCAAGAGUUAACUCGUUUACAUAUUUUACCUGGCUUUACACAGUAAAGCAUGUAAAUAAAAACAACAUAAUCUAUUUUAUUGAUUGGAAAAUAUAAAGCACCACCAAUGAUUAACUUUUAGUUGGCUAUUAGGUUGUGCCAGAAUUGAGGACGUGAGUGACCGUUUCUCUUUAAGACUAGAUCUAGCAUGUGUGAGCUUGCUUGAUUGUUGACUAUUUAGCAGUUGCAUCGCAGACAAAAAAAUAGCAAAGACUGCAAAACACACUGCUCCUUAGCUAAUAAUAAGAAUCCCAGGAUAUUUUUCUGAACGGCCAAAAAAAAAUGAAACUAAGAUAAGGUAUUUAGAAAAAAAAAAAAUGCUAUCUUGAUGGAGAUCAGCUGCAUGUGCAACAUUUAAAGCAUUUAAGAGUUGAACUGUGCUCAUAGACAUAGAAAUAACCAGUUUAUUACUGUGCUUUAAUGAAAGCAAUACAACUAUAUUAAAAUGGAGCAAACAUACAACAUUGAUCCAGCUCACCUAAAUGCAUAAUAUAGAGAGAAGGAUGUUUUUUUAUUUUUAUUUUAUUUUAGAGUGUAAGUUUGUUUUGGCAGCACACUCUUCACCUACUGUUCUACUAUGUCAAUCACGUUCUGUUAAAAUAUAGGGUUUGUCUUGUUUACACAUUGUACAGCGCUUUGGGAUAUGUUGGCACUAUAUAAAUAAUAGACAUAUUAAUUUAAUUUUACAGAUGUCUAGAAAUCCAAUGAAAAGUGAAGGCUGUUUUGCGAUUCUGAAAUCCAUCCAGGCAAACCCUGGUGCUGCCAUAGAAUCUUUGGAGUUCUGUGUAAGUAUAAAGUUUCUUCAAGACAGGCAGGUUUCCUAGAGGUAUUUAUCCUGUAACAAGUUAUGAUGCUUACUCAAACCAUCAUAACCACUACAGCCCAUUUUGUCAAGGUUUGUCCUCUCACCUGGAUCGUACCAGGCUCCUGAUCUUCUUUGUAGGCAGUUUAGCCUUAUGCAGAUCUUGCUGCUCAUCAAUUUGGUUUUUUUCAUUAAUCUGAAUCACUAAGAUUUAACGUGCUAUCCUGCUUUAUAGUGAAAGUUUAAUUAAUUUCAUACACAUUUUAUAGGAUAUUGUGGUCAAUAAGGAGUUUGAUGAUUUGUAUAGUGCUAUGAAGGAAACUAUGCCAAACCUGUCUAUCAAACAUGGAGGAAACGCUGAUCUGUUUAAAAGAAGCAUUACGAAGGUAAGACCAAUUUCAAGUGCUGGGUAAAACACAAUGUGUAAUCUAUUAAUUUAUUUCAGUUAAAAGAAACUUUGCAAAGAAUACCCUCUAUCUGCAGAAUAUUUUAAAUCACUUGGGAAAUUCAAUUCUGUGUUUAUUUCUAUUUCUUCUUUAAUUAGGCUCAUGAUAAUGUAAUUUGUUCAUGCAGGGGCAGGGAUUGACAACUGCCAUCACAUUCUUAUACAAUGAAUGAUACAAAACUUGUGUGGUCAAUGUAUAAUCAUGUAUACAUCAUGAAAGAUAAAUAUAUCUCCUCACCUCAAGGAAUCGGAUCAUUAAAGGGUCAUUCUAGGCCAUAUCUCCUAACUUUGACGUACUGUGAAGUAGGGCGCUGGUGGGAAGGGUAAAAGACUAGUGGCAUGAUUCGCACUUUCAGUGCACUCUGCAGGGUGCUAAUGCCCCGUGCAUAGCCCAAGCCCAUGUAAUGAUGUGUAAUGAACUUACCUGCUCCAGGUGCCCGCGUUGCUCCUCUCCUCGGGAUGUGCAGAACGAAUACUCCACUCGGCCCCACAGACUAAUGCACUCUCUGCUGCCUCAAAGUACCGCUCACAGCAGAUACCUCACGGUGCUCUGACCUCUCAAGAUGGCGGAAACCCUUCCACAAGCAUCACAAAACUCCAUACGGGCACAAUGGCCCAUUCUAGAGACCCUCAAAUCCAGGCUGGAUGCAUUAUUCCAGGACUUCUGGGACAAGCUACAGGCACGUUCCACUACCAUCCGGUCCAACCAAAGAACGGACUCACCUCCAGGCAACGCACUCACCCAAAUGCCUUACUGCAUCAACGACCGCCCGCCUAGGCCGAAAGUCACUAGAGGCAUGACCUCGAGCACACUGGGGGAAGUUCACACGCCGCUGGUGGCGGAUACCACCUCAUUCUUCCAACUGCCCCUUGGGGGGCCAGGACUUGGCCGCACACAGGUACCGAGUCUAUGGACAGAGGGUGUCAGCUCUCAUAAAGGCCUGGGGCUGGAGGAAAAUCUCUCAUACCUGUCUCCCCCCGACUGAUCCCGACAAUCAACCCACACAACUGAAUACUCACCAUGCUGUUCAGCCCUCCCAGGCUGAAUGCACCUCAAGGCACUGCCUCCCUGCAUCUGCCGCACAAGCGGAGAAACACCUGCAGUGGACGACACAUAUCACCGCAACCCUCUGCAUAUCCCAGUCAGAGGAAGGGCUUGGUCCCAAAGAGCACCCAAGUCCGCAGACAAUCGAUGUUUACCCUCGCCCAGGCCUGGGGUUGGAGGAGAACCCAAUACCACUACAGCUCGGUAGAUGCUCCCUGGGACCUCCCUACAUUUGUACCACCUCUACCGCUGUUGGGGAUCGGCUGACUGGGUAACCAAACCUGCAACCAGGGCUCCUCAUUAUUUAUAGAUACCGAGUAAUUGGACAUACCCGAUAAGAAACCCUUAAUUAUUUGCUGAGGAAGAGUAUAUUUAGUUUUUUUUCUGCUUAUUCGCUUAUAAUUUUACUCUGCUCUCAUGCCAAAGAUUGCUGUAUGAGUAAUUUGACCUAGCAUGUUAUGCAAUUUUUAGUUCUUAGACCAGACUCCAGUGGUAUUAAUAGCGUGCAUUACAGAUUGAAGUCAGCAUGUUAUAACUCACUCUUGGCGCAUGUAACUUCCAUUCUGAAUGUAAGCUACAUACCAUGCUCAGUGUUAAUUCUGCCUAUAAUUACCCCCUAUGUGCAUGGUGAUCACCACUCACAGUACAUAUCCUCAACUCAAUAUGUAUUACGUAAACGUUACUCUUCUAUUUUACAUUAUAAACUGCGUUGAAUGGCCUCUUAAUUGUUAUACAUCAUUCUAUAGUAUAGCCUGUUGUUCCUAGUUUGACUAGCAUGUUCACUAUACGUAAAAAAUGAGACAGGUUAUCCAGGAGUAUAUAUAUAUAUCAACUGUAUGUUUAAAAUCUUGUCAUAUGCACUAACUCCUUUACUUUUGUUAGCAUUCUGUACCGCAUAACACAUUGUCUCAAUAAAAGAAAGAUUUACAAAAAAAACCCUCUAUAAAGCAAUAUUUAAUAUUUUAUGAAUAUGGGAAAGACAGAUAUCUGGUGGUAAUAAACGUGACUGAAAUGCAGUCCAGGCAUUUUUUUCUAUUUUCCAAAAAACAAAAACAAAAAAACCCUACAGAAACUGCCGUCUACAAUCUCUAGAUAGAACUUAGAGAGGCUAAUUUAAGGAGUGUAGCAUUUCUCCAAGCUCUAACUGAUUUCUAGUCUUAUUUACUCAAUUUAUAUCUAUAGCAAAUAUAUCCUGUAUUUUUUUUUAUUUUUUUAUAGAGGCAGCCCUGUAUGCUAAACUGAUAAAGGAAUGCAAACAAACAAAAAAUAUACUUAGAGUGUUCCUUUAAAGCUUAAUGAGUUUAACACAGGUCCUUUUAGUUAGUACAAUUUGUUAGGCUAGUCAGCCUGUUUGUUCACUGUGAAAAAUAAAUUAGAGAGCCAUUUUCCCAGAACAUUGUGUCAACUUUACACGUUUAAACUUUUACAUCGUGCAUACAAUUUAAUUAAAUCAAACAUAUAUUUGGGACAGACACUCCGCAGCACUACCCAUGUCCUUUGUGGACUAGGACAAGCAAAUGUGAUACUGCACUACAGAAAUGGAAACACUGAGCUAUAACAUAAAUAACAUAAAGUUGUCAGGUAGGUUUAUCCAUUGCUGUUACUGCCAAUAUAUCGAACAUGGUGAUUUAUCAUCGUUCUAUCAGUCUCUACCAAAACUUACUCCACCCGAGACAGAGGAACAUGAAAAAAUGCUUACUUUAUAUUUAUUUAUAAAAUAUUUUACCAGGAAAGAUACAUUGAGAUAUCUCUCGUUUUCAAGUAUGUCCUGGGUCCACAAAACAUUGCAUUGAUACAAUAGGGUACAAUAAAAUACAAAAAUAUUAAUACACAAUAUAUACAAAAUUUAACAUAGAACAGGUAGGAAAUAUAUAAUCAACCACGACACACGCAUUCUGUUUUGAGGUAUGUAGAGAGGGAUCUUUUAAAGGACUUUAGGCUUGGGGAAGAUUUUAAAGUGUGCGGGAGGUCGUUCCACGAUUGUGGCGCUCUGUAGGAGAAAGAGGAUCGGGCUGCUUUCUUUUUGUAUUGAGGUAGACUAAAUAAAGUAACAAAAAAUGGAAAUGAGACAGCGCUAGAUAACUUAUAGGCAGCAACCUUAAAAGGGGAUCCCUCAGACCCUUUAGAACUGGAUGGAUGAAAAUAAUAAGAGAAAGGCUGCGCACACAAGUAAAAAUAAAGUCCAAUGUAAAGGAAAGUCCCAAUGUUUUAUCCUUACAGAUGGUCUUUGCUAAUGACGUCUUCUCUUAAUGUAGCGGUUCCACUUAUAUGAAAGAAAAAAGAGGAGAGAGAAGGGCGACCAAUAGUGUAGUAUAUAAAAUUCUGGUGUGGACAUAAAAGAAUAAUAAUAUAGAACUCACAUUUACCAGAGCUAUUGUCCUAGCUCUGGGUUAAGGCGCAUACAGCGGUUUGAUCCCCGCUUGUAGGAUUUAAAUGGGUUCCUCUCUGUGAUAGGUGUCCAAUUCUCGGAAUAAAAGAAACAGCCAAUAGUGCUCACUGUAUAGCAAUAUGGAUAAAAUAAUAAAAGAAUGUACUUACAAAGCAGGAGCAGAUUUACUGCUCCGUGAUGACAGCUUGGGUGGAUUGAUCCCCACCUAGGAUUUCUUUAAGUACAGGAGGCUUCCAGGGAUUCUCAAGGUUUUUUUUAAAACCAGUAAAAAAGGGAUAAAAUAAUUAAAAAAAGGCCAGGGUAAUAAAAAAGGAAAAUUAUGUGUCUAUAAAAAAGAUUAUUGGUACAAACAAAUAACCAAAAAUACUUUAAUAUAUAAAAGAACACAAUAAUUGAAUUUCCAUAACGCGUUUCGUCAGAGACUUUUUCAAAUGGAAUAACAUGUAAUACCUGGCUUGAUAAUGUUAUAUAGGAGCAUAACUAAUUUACAUUUGGCGCCAAAAUUGGUCCGUCCAAUCAGAAAUAGAAGCAUAUAUAAAAACUUUAAAACAUAAUUAUACCUUUAUCAGUACAUUGUCUGCUGUUUUAUAACACAUUCCUGAUAUUUAUAAUUAAAAAACGAGGGUGAGAAAGUGUAGUUUGAAACGUUUUAAAAUAAUCACGUGGCAUGCGGCACUUCCGCUUUUCGGAAGUCUAGCCGCAAUGCCACAUGGGAAAUGUAGUUUAAGAUGGCCGCGGUCGGCGGGCACAUAAUAAAAUAAAAAUCUAUAGUGCCAAAUUGGCACAAUGGUUCCCAUGAAACCUAGGGAAACCUAAGACAUAGAAAAGGGGAAGGCACUAAUAUAAUACUAAAUAUAGUACCUAAAUCCAUGUGCAGAUUAAUCGGCACUUCCGCAAACCGGAAGUUAGAGCCGAAGUGCCUGAUGGGAAAUGUAGUACAGGCUAAUUAUUGAUACAAAAUUGAAUUUCUGGAAGAUAAUAUAGUAGGGCAUAAAAUAAAACCGAAGUGCCUAAUGUGGAAUAUAGUUAGGGCUAAUAAUUUACUAUAAAAAUAAAAUUUGAAUACUUUAAAAGGUACAACAAUAAAAACCUUGAGUGCAAACAUGAUAUUAAAAGAUAUUGGCAUAAUUAGAGAGGGUAUUAAAAGCAACAUUUAAAAUAUAGGAAAUACAAACAUCAUUUUAUAUCCAUUUUCAUAAGAAAUUGUAUAGAUCAAAAUCUGCAUUAAGACCAUGGGGUAUAAGGGUCUUGAGUUUAUACACCCAUUCCAUCUCUGUUUUACCAAGCAGCUUUUUUAUAUCACCUCCACACCAGGAGGUAGAACAUUUUUUUUAUACCUAUACAUUUUAGUAGGCGUGGAUCUUUGUUGUGUAUAAUAAAAUGGGGAUGACACAAGGUGCUUAAAGAUAAGGCUAAGUGAACAUUGCAGAAAUAUCAAAAAUGGGUACUUAAACCAUACAGUAUCCAAACAUUUUAUUAUACACAACAAAGAUCCACACCUACUAAAAUGUAUAGGUAUAAAAAAAUGUUCUACCUCCUGGCGUGGAGGUGAUAUAAAAAAGCUGCUUGGUAAAACAGAGAUGGAAUGGGUGUAUAAACUCAAGACCCUUAUACCCCAUGGUCUUAAUGCAGAUUUUGAUCUAUACAAUUUCUUAUGAAAAUGGAUAUAAAAUGAUGUUUGUAUUUCCUAUAUUUUAAAUGUUGCUUUUAAUACCCUCUCUAGUUAUGCCAAUAUCUUUUAAUAUCAUGUUUGCACUCAAGGUUUUUAUUGUUGUACCUUUUAAAGUAUUCAAAUUUUAUUUUUAUAGUAAAUUAUUAGCCCUAACUAUAUUCCACAUUAGGCACUUCGGUUUUAUUUUAUGACCUACUAUAUUAUCUUCCAGAAAUUCAAUUUUGUAACAAUAAUUAGCCUGUACUACAUUUCCCAUCAGGCACUUCGGCUCUAACUUCCGGUUUGCGGAAGUGCCGAUUAAUCUGCACAUGGAUUUAGGUACUAUAUUUAGUAUUAUAUUAGUGCCUUCCCCUUUUCUAUGUCUUAGGUUUCCCUAGGUUUCAUGGGAACCAUUGUGCCAAUUUGGCACUAUAGAUUUUUAUUUUAUUAUGUGCCCGCCGACCGCGGCCAUCUUAAACUACAUUUCCCAUGUGGCAUUGCGGCUAGACUUCCGAAAAGCGGAAGUGCCGCAUGCCACGUGAUUAUUUUAAAACGUUUCAAACUACACUUUCUCACCCUCGUUUUUUAAUUAUAAAUAUCAGGAAUGUGUUAUAAAACAGCAGACAAUGUACUGAUAAAGGUAUAAUUAUGUUUUAAAGUUUUUAUAUAUGCUUCUAUUUCUGAUUGGACGGACCAAUUUUGGCGCCAAAUGUAAAUUAGUUAUGCUCCUAUAUAACAUUAUCAAGCCAGGUAUUACAUGUUAUUCCAUUUGAAAAAGUCUCUGACGAAACGCGUUAUGGAAAUUCAAUUAUUGUGUUCUUUUAUAUAUUAAAGUAUUUUUGGUUAUUUGUUUGUACCAAUAAUCUUUUUUAUAGACACAUAAUUUUCCUUUUUUAUUACCCUGGCCUUUUUUUUAAUUAUUUUAUCCCUUUUUUACUGGUUUUAAAAAAAACCUUGAGAAUCCCUGGAAGCCUCCUGUACUUAAAGAAAUCCUAGGUGGGGAUCAAUCCACCCAAGCUGUCAUCACGGAGCAGUAAAUCUGCUCCUGCUUUGUAAGUACAUUCUUUUAUUAUUUUAUCCAUAUUGCUAUACAGUGAGCACUAUUGGCUGUUUCUUUUAUUCCGAGAAUUGGACACCUAUCACAGAGAGGAACCCAUUUAAAUCCUACAAGCGGGGAUCAAACCGCUGUAUGCGCCUUAACCCAGAACUAGGACAAUAGCUCUGGUAAAUGUGAGUUCUAUAUUAUUAUUCUUUUAUGUCCACACCAGAAUUUUAUAUACUACACUAUUGGUCGCCCUUCUCUCUCCUCUUUUUUCUUUCAUAUAAGUGGAACCGCUACAUUAAGAGAAGACGUCAUUAGCAAAGACCAUCUGUAAGGAUAAAACAUUGGGACUUUCCUUUACAUUGGACUUUAUUUUUACUUGUGUGCGCAGCCUUUCUCUUAUUAUUUUCAUCCAGACUAAAUAAAGUGCUGGUACUGGAUCGGAGGUUAUAGGAGGUGGGAACAGCCGAGGAGAGCAUUUUGUUCAGGUAGGGUUGGAGCUUCCCAGAAAAGCUCUUAAACACAAGCUUGGAAAGAUGAAGGGUGCAUCUGGAUUCCAGCGACAGCCAGUUUAGUUCUUUUAUCAUGUCACAAUGGUGGGUCCUGUAAUUACAUUGUAACACAAAACGGCAGAACAAGUUAUACAAUGUAUUGAGUUUAUUAAUGUGGGAUUGCAGUGCAGAUGCAUAUACUACAUCCCCAUAAUCAAUGAUUGGCAUCAGCAUUUGCUAAACAAUCUUUUCCUUUACUGUAGGGCUUAGGCAGGAUUUGUUAUCAAAUGAAUGUUAAACAUUUUGUAAUGAUGGGAUACCAUAGUAGUUUAUAAACCAUAUGUAAUAACCAACCACCUGUAUUUCUACCUAUAAUAUUUGCUAACAUCUCUUUGUUCUAUUCAGGCAGAUCCACUCGACAUAGUCAGGCAAUAUAUUAAGGAAAAUAGCCUUCAUCCAGCUCAGAUGUUUACUCAAACAGACAAGAGUAAUCUCAUGAACUAUGAGGAGUUUCAGCAGGAACUAACGGCAAGUAUUACUUGUGUAUACACCUAUAUUAAUGCUCCAGUGACAGAGGGCUACAUCAACACUCCCCCAUUCAUGUGUAGAUUGCAUCUGCCAUAAUACCCGGUUUAACUUUUCCUGAGCAUGUUUGGCCAGUAGAAGGACAAUUUAGUCACCAUAACCAUCUCAAUUAAGUGGUUGUGGUGCCUUGAGUCCACUGGUUGUUGUCCCACAGUUGGUUUUGGACAAUUUAACAGUGUAUGAGAGUCAUUAGCUACCCGCAACCUAACCCCAUGGAAUAAUGCCUUAACCAUGCUAACUCAUACUAGCAAUAGGCAAAUCUAAGAGGCUGAGAAUGAUCAUCAGACUCAUCCAAUUACUGCCACCUAUCAUGGGUAAUAGAACUAAGAUCACGGUUGGUGGAUCAAGUGAUUAAUGGUCUUAUGGGCAAUUGUCACACAUUUUAGGGUUACUUUGAAAUACUCUGCUUAUGUUAUGCAAAUUGUGAAAUAUACUAAGAUACAUACUCUGGGCAACCACGACAUUAAAACCACCUGCCUAAUACCGUGUAAGUUCCCCUCAUGCUAUAAUAAUUAGUAUUUAUAUAGCACCUUUCUCCCAGUGGGACUCAAAGCACUUUUCAGCGCACUCUCUCGGAAUUAACCAAAUUGGCAGCUGAAUAGUAAUAGAUGUUAUUAUUACCCAAUUGAUGGUACUCAUUUUAUUGACCUCUGAAGGAUGAAGGACUGAGUUGACCCUGCCGGUAUUUGAACCUGAGACCUUGCAUUUUUUUUUUUGCACCGGCACGGGGGCGCAAGAAAUGAGAGAGCAUCCAUUUCCUGUACCUGGGCUGACAGGAAGUGCUCACUGAGUGAGCACUUCCUAUCAGUCCGGCCAGGUACAGGAAACUGAAGCUCCUGUACCGCAGACUGGACCUGAGCUCGGCCACAUUAUACUGAGGGACUGACAGAAGGGAGCGCUAUUUGCUUCUCCUGCCGAGCCCUAAUAUCUUGUGUGGACUGGCUGACAAUGUAAUUCGUUAAGGUACACAAUGUGCAAAUGCUGUUGCUGCUUCAGUCUAACACUGUAGCAUUUCCCCAUUCUUCUACACUCACAACAUUACCAUUUUCUCUGUCCCAGACUGCAUACCAGGAGCUUCUAUAUGCUAGUAAGAAGGUAAGGAGUGAACAAGUAAGUGCUUGGGGACAGCCCCCAAAAGGCGUAGAGCAAGCCCAUCAUUGGCACUUAUCUUACACACCGUGUGCUCUGACACCUUUAAUCAUUGCCAGCAUUAUGAUUUUCAGCAAUUUGAGCUACAGUAGCUCUUCUCUGUGAUCGGACCAAAUAGUGCUGGCAUUCACUCUCCACAUGCAUUAAUAAGCCAUGGGCACCCAUGAUCCUGAACCUGGUUCACCGGUUGUCCUACCUUGCACAACUUUUGGUAGGUACUAAUCACUGCCUGCUGAACACACAGCAAAAGACUUGGAGUUUUGAAGAUGCUCUGACCCAGUCUUCUAGUCAUCACUAUUUGGUCCUUGUCAAAGUCACUAAGAUCUUUUCGCUAACCUAUUUUUCUGGCUUCCAACACAUUAAAUUCAAGAACUGACUGUUUACUUACUUAUAUCCCACCCCUUGACAGGUGCCAUUGUAACUAUAUAAUAUAUGUUAUUCACCUCACCUGUCAGUGGUUUUAAUGCUGUGGCUGAUCAGUAUGAAUAUAUACUUACUUUUGGAAGUAUUUUCUAUUAUACAUUCUAAAUUAUUGAUUAAAAUUCUAGAGAGCUGGAAUUAUAAUACCUAAAGAUGUGGCUGGAAAGGUAAUCGAGUUCCUGGACAAGGAUAAGAGUGGCAUAAUUGAUUUCAGGUAACCAAAUCAGAUAAUUUAUAUAGCAUGACAGCUUUGGUUUAUUGAAUACUGUUUUAUCUUCAGAUCUGACCAUUAGAAUUCAAGCAUUCUGGAUACAAUAUACAAUAUAAGUAUUGAGAGAUGACUAUAUAACUGCUUAAUAUAAGUAGAAAGAGAUGAAUAUUCCCCUGCCUAUGUUUUCGUAGCCCUUUUCCCUACACAUCAGUUUGACCAUUCCCCUUCCUCUUUUGCACUCUUGUUUACAUUUCAUCUGUGUAACUUUUUUAUGUUUACUUUAUGAAGUCUUAGUCUUCAUUCUGCAUCAAAUUGAUGUGUGAAAGAGUUAGUUAUGUUUAAAAUUGUUUCAAAAUAUUUAGUUUUUCCUUGGUAAAAAAUAUUUUUUGUAAAAGCGAGUGAAAGUUUAGUAACGUAGACAAUUCUCAGUCUACCAUCGUUAUUGACAUCAUCUUUGAAUGUUGAGAUUAUAUAGAUAGCUAGAUAGAUAGAAUACGUUUAAUUUGGAGAUGCACAUCAUAUCAGAAAUAUUUUUUGUUUUAAUUUAAGUUUUGUUAUUUGCAAAUUAUAUGUAUGUCUAUAUAUUCAUUAAUUAAGUAAUUUAUUUAUUUUACAGUGUAUUUCAGCAAGCUAUUUCUACUUGAUAUGUCCAAUAAGAGAACCUGUCUGGCAGGAUGCAUCUGUCAUCUACUGGAACAUUAAUUUUGUCUGUCAGCUGUAAUACUCUAAAUAUACUGGCUAUGAGCUGCCCAUGGUUGUCCUUUGAUUUAUUGCCAAAAGUUUUCUUAUAAGUCAUUGAGGUUUUAACUAAUGUUUUAUAUUGCACAUUAUAUUGCACCCAUUGACAUUAUUGGCUAUUGACAUUAUUGGGAGAAUAUGCAGAAGCAACAUUAUCUUUAACUGGAAAAAUUCCAACAGUUUUUUUUUUUUUUUUAAGUGAACACUACAACACUGUGGUGGUUUUGGU